GAAGAAAUGCCGCAGACCAACCCACGUGCACACGUGUUAGCGACAGUUGUGGCUUGGAAUUGGGCGACAUUGGCGUUUUGUUGACGCCCAGCUGUGCGUGUGUUGAGCCAGUCAGCCAGAUGGCGGGGCACAUGGAAAAAAAUCUCAAGGGUUUGGGUAAAAUCACCCCGCUGGGAAUGUCGACGCGGUCAGGGUCGCGUUGCCUAGAUUGAUUUUGAUUCUGCCAGCAAGGGCGGUCAACCACGCCUCUUGCAAGGCCCCUUGUUUGCGCCGUACAGCCUUAGAUAAUGGAUACCUCCAUUGUGGAAACCUGGCGCAGAAGCUUGUGAUUGCCUAUUCGCAAACGUGACGCACUAGUCAGCCAGAGAAGCCGCAUGACCCUCAUCGUUGAAGCUUCCAUGAACCCUUUCGCCCCAGGCGCAUCCUGACCGUUCAAGGUUGCAGCAAUGGCGCCUUAUACAUACAUACAGUGCCCCUGCUCUGACCCCUCAGACCUCGGCCGGUCGCAAGGCAGCUCGUCCCCGACCCAGAGCACACCUACCAAGGAUAGCAACGGCAACCUGAUUGAGGAAGACGAUGAGGAUGGGCGAACAUUUGACCCCCGCGCUCCACGCUCAAAUUACAGCCUCUACCCGAUUGAGUACUUGCUCUACUGCGAAGACUGCCAUCAAAUCCGCUGCCCGCGCUGCGUUGCCGAAGAAGUCGUUACAUACUUUUGUCCAAGCUGCCUGUUUGAGGUGCCGAGCAGCAACAUAAAGAGCGAGGGCAACAGAUGUACCCGUAGUUGCUUCCAGUGUCCAAUCUGCGUUGGCAUCUUGUCCGUCACAAGCCUUGAACCGUCGUCGUCCAGUCGUCACCUUGCAGCCGAUAACACCGCUGCACUACCCGGAGGUCCCUAUGCUUUAAACUGCUCCUACUGUCAAUGGAGCUCCCUCGAGGUCGGCAUCAAAUUUGAAAGGUCAAAUGGGAUAUACGGACAGCUCGCCAAGCUCCGCAACGGCGGGCGGCCGAGACUUUCACGGAAGGAGCAAAAGGAACGCCGCGAGGAGUCAUCCGCAUUUCCUGAUUCCGGAACUGGCACUGUGCCGUCUUCGAUCGAGGAAGAGGAGCAAAAGGGUGCCCGAGAAAGCGGAGACGCAGAAGAUGACGAGCUUGAUGUGGAAACACAGUUUGCCAAGCUCAAGUCUUUUUACAAGUCACAACUAGCGGAUACCGCGACAAGCAGCGGUUCUGGGGGUUUGUCAUCAUUGGGGAACCUGGCCAAUUUUGGUCUUGGUUCUCCAGGUUCUCCGUCAAUGUCGCGGCUCAUGUACAUGUACACGGGCGCCAACCCAGCAGACACUCGCCGCAAGACUCGCAUGCACCCAAUGCGCGAGGCUAUUGGUCCACAGGAGGGUCUGAAGGUUUUGUACGAACCCAAUAUGAAGAGCCAUGAGGGGGCUAUUGAGGGAGGGAGUGAAGAAACAUCGCAAAACAAGUCAAAACCAAAGAACGGACUGGACGAACAUGCAGCAAUUGUAAGGUUACGCGACGCAGGCUGGGACGCAACCACCACGGCAGAGCAACGGGCUUCCCAGGCUCCAAAUGCGGCUGCUCCUGUCAGCGCCCAGCACAUCCGGUUCCAGGAUGACCUGCGGCCCAUCCCCGUCCUGCUGCGUACGAAACGGUCAAAGCGUUGCCCGAUGUGCAGGCACAUCAUGACCAAGCCCGAGGCCAAGGUGGCAUCCAACAGGUUCCGCAUCCGCUUGGUCGCGGGCAACUAUAUCCCCAGCAUAUCGGCACGCUACCUCUCUGGCGGCAUCCCGCCGCCCGCGGAGCCGCCCGGGACCGUCGCGGCACACCAUCUACUCAAACCCCUCGAGCCGGUCCAGUACCUACUCACAUUGAAGAACCCCAUCUUCGAGUCCGUCCGAGUGUCCCUUGCGACACCCUCCGUCACACCAGGUCGCUUCGGCAGCAAAGUGACCUUGCUCUGUCCACAAUUCGAGAUUGGGGCCAACACAGACGUCUGGGACGAGGUCCUCAAGGAUGGCGCUCCAGGCGCUGACGCCUCGGCCCGCCGGCGAACCAUGGUGAGAAAGCCGGACGGCGAGGGUGGACAGGCGGAGGCGGGCAAGAUCUGGGAGAAGGGCCGCAACUGGGUCAGCGUCGUGGUUGAGAUUGUGCCAGCGUCGCUACGAGUAGACAUGCUCGGACUCGGAAAGCCAGCCAGCGAAGUUGACCGGAGCCCGCUCAAGGAGGACGAGGACCUCCUCGAGAUACCAAUGUUUGUCCGAGUCGAGUGGGAGGCCGACGCAGCCAACGACGACGUGGGCCAAGCCAUCGGCAAGGACAAGGAUACAAGAGAGAAGAGGGAGCUGGCAUAUUGGUGUGUUGUUGGUAUUGGCCGAAUCAGUCAGGACUAAGGAACCGUCGCCGCUUAUUUGCAGAGUAGAAUACAGGAGAUACCCCUUUUUGUGCAUAGCAUUCAUCUGAUGAGCAAGUUGUCUUUGGACCAGUAACAAGAAUUCAAUUCUUUCCCAACCCCAAGACUCCGAGAAACAAAAAAGGUAUCAUGAAAUGACCGAGCCUGUAUUGUUUCACAAGCUACAAACUAGACAACGCCGUUUUCCCUGUUUUUUUGAUUCGAUCGUGGCAGUUCAUGACGGAAAA